UUUAGCCAUUUUGCCAAACUCUUCAGCGAGAGAUACGCAGGGGAUUCCCGACCAGCUUUCUCAUGGACGUGUGGGUGAACAUUUCUGGGAGAGCCAACGAGAGAUCAGACCAUGUCAGAAUGCUCGUCCCAGCACCGCCAUGGAGCCAAGCGGCCAUGCCAUCGAUCUCUUGCAAAUCCAUCAGCCUAUAUUGUUCUAAUGCUUCUCAAAUUAGAGGGAAGUAAGGUUGAAAGGUUCCCUCAUCUCACAGUAAUGUUCCUCCCUUAGUGGCUCAAAGAAUAGCUCACUCAGACUCUUUCUAAUCUCUGUCAGCGCUGCUUGAACCUUGCUUGGGUUUGUGCCACUGACAUCAACUCGAACGGGAGAGAAGAAAUAGCCCAUUGCAUCCACCUCAAUUAGAUAUGUUCCAGCAGGCACGUACGCUAUAUAUAGAACAAAAAGUAUCCACCAGAUCUUAAAAUGGGACUCUUUGGCCACCAUUAAGUACCACCAUGACAUCUGAUGCUUUAGCCAGAAAAUCAGAUCCCUUCACGUUAAAGCCUGGUAUUUUCACACGUCCGUUUAUAGUAUAAACAUCACUAGUCUGUGAAGUGACGGCGAGAGGGCAUAAGGAGAGCUGAAGACUGAAAUUUCCUCGCAUCACGCCGCCACUAAGGCCACUUCAAUAGUUAUCUGCUUAGUAUUGGUCACUAAUGACUUAUAAUCAGUGAUACACGGGCGUUGCAAAAAAGUACAUGGAGAUGAUAAUAACAUUGAAAGUAUGAACGUGAAAAAUGAAAACAGAAAUGUUAAACCACAGAAAAUGUGGUUGUGAUUAGUCCUGGACUCGGGCCGGGCGGCCCGGCCCGGAACCGGCCCGGUUACUAUUUGGCCCGGCCCGGCCCGGGGCCCGGUGGGUCCCUCGGUUCGGUUCGGCCCGGCCCGGCUGCUGGGCGGUUCGGGCCCGGGCCCAGGUUUUUGUGAACCGGCCCGGCCGGUUCGGGCCCGGUCCGGGCCGGAUUUUAAUUUUUUUUUUUUUUUGAAAUUUUUUUAAGUUUUAGGUUGGAUUAGGUAUUUUGGGCCAUUUGAGGUGGUUUGGGAUGGUUUGGGGUUGAGGGGGAGGGGUAGGGGAUUAAAUAGAAGAACAAAAAAAAAAAAUAUUAUUGGGCCGGUUCAGCCCGGCCCGGCCCGGUUUGGCCCGGAACCGGGACCGGAACCGGCCACCGGCGGUUCGGGCUCGGGCCUCCCUUUCCUGGCCCGAGGCCCGGCCGGGCCCAGGCCCGAACCGGGCCCGAACCGGCCCGAGUCCAGGCCUUGUUGUGAUGCAUAAAGAAAAGAAGAAAUGAUGUGAAUCAAAGUCUGUGAUGCAUAAAGAAAAGAAGAAAUGAUGUGAAGCAAAGUCAAAUAAUAUAUCGUAUAUGAUAGUAUUAGAUAAAUGUAAAAAUUUAAAUAAUAGAUUUAGUUAUGCAUUUCUUGUGAUGCUUUUAUAAGUUAUUCUUGUUGCUUUUUGUUGCAUUAUACAUGUUGCUUAUUGUUGCAUCAUGUUGCUUAUUGUUGCAUCAUGUUGCUUAUUGUUGCAUUAUGUUGCUUAUUGUUAUUUAUAAAUGCUUUUGAAUUUUUUUGUUGUUUAUUUAGAUCAAUGUUUAUGUUUGCUACUUUUUUAUAGUAAAAAAUCAUAUAUAAAUAUGUGUUCAAUCACGUAAAUUAAUUAAUUUGAAUCUAUGAAUAUAAAUCAAUCAUAAGAAACAUAAAGAAACAAUAAAGAAUAUCAUAGUGAUCAACAAAACGAAACAAAAAAAAAUAGACAACAAAAAACAACAAACUUAUAUAAUAAUUAUUUUUAGACUUUCUAAGAAUAUAAAAAAUGAACUACAAGAUUCAUAUUUUAAGACCUUUUCAAUUGUUCCAAUGCUAAGUUAAAUUUUUCUUCAUUUUCACCUUUUUAUUAUUAUUGAGUUUUAUAUUUUGAAAUAAAUUAUGGGGUAUACAAACUCUUCAAGAUAUUACAUAACAAAAAAAUCUUACUUGUAUUUUUUACCAAUCCAAAUGUGAUUAUUUUUGUUUUCGAGUUAUGUAUGUAUAAGUUGUUUUCAAUACGCUUUUUUUUAUAUUUUUCUAAUUAAUUCUAAAAUGUAAAUACCUUUUCUUUUUUAAAAAUAAUUUAGAAUUAGUUUCCAGGGAAAACAUUAAUUUAGAAGUUAAUUAGAAAAAAAUAAAUUUUAGACUUUAUAUUUAUUAUUAUGCAUUUUCUGGUUUUUCCUUACGUCUAACAUUUUAUAUUUUUAUUUUACUUUUUUCGAAUAUUUUAAUGUUUUUUAAAUUACCGUACAUUCUUACAAUACUUUCUAUUCAAAAACUCAAUUUAAGUCUUGACUCUUGAUGUGCGCUCUUUAGAACUAGACCUAGUACUCCGCAAGUUCCAGUGGAUGGUCUAUAUCCGUGCGCACAUGGUCUACUUAUGAAAAGAAAAGGUCUGCUAGUCUAUUUUUGAAAUAAGAUUUGGAAAGUGAAAAAGUUGAUAUUAUUUUCCCUUUUAAGUCUACUUGUGUAGUUUUCCCUUGCAUAUUCUCAUUUCUGUUUUGGGAUUCUUUUGGGCACCUAGCUCCCUAUAUUUAUGCAUAUAUUUAGUUUUUACUCCCGACAAGUACUUCAAUCACAUUUUGCUUAAAAUUUUAGUGAGGACUCCAUAGCUUACGUAGUUCUGGCCUUCUGGGAGCCAACGUUGAUCCGCCUCUGCCGAUGGGUGUCAAACGGUCCUCGCAGGUGGCAACAAGCGACGAUGACGGCGAAGAGUCGCCGCCGGCGCCGUCACUGGCAAAUUCCCAGAAACGCAAUAAAACGCCUCUCGGCGAGGAUUACGAAGGAGAGAUGCAUCACAAGGAGGUAGAUAAGAUCAGUGAGGAUAAACGGAAAGUAAGCAAGCGGAAAACGGUACAAGAUUUAGAGGUUGAUGAAGACUGCGAAGAGACAGGAGAAGGGGACAAUAGGAGGAAGAAGGAAGUGGUAGAAAGUGAAGCGGAACCCUCUUCCGGUGAAGAUAAGCAGCAAGAAGAGCCGCAUGAGGAUGCCAAGCCUGUCGGCGAUGCCGUUAGGGUUAGUGGAAAAGGGAGAAGCCGGCGGCGGCACUAUGACGCCUUUGAGUAUAAUGGAUACCAGUUUUGCCUAGAGGACUCUGUGCUGAUAGUUCCGAUGGAGACAAAACAAAAGCCUUGUGUUGCUAUUAUUAAGGAUAUUUCCAUGACCAGCAAAGGGAGAGUGAUGAUAACUGGACAGUGGUUUUAUCGACCUGAAGAGACAGAAAUUAGAGCAGGUGCGAACUGGCCAUCUUGUGAUACAAGGGAACUGUUCUAUAGCUUUCACCGCGAUGAGAUUCCUGCAGAGUCUGUCAUGCACAGGUGUGUGGUGCAUUUUAUCCCUUCAAACAAGCAGAUUCCAAGACGCAUUCAACAUCCUGGCUUUUUGGUCCAAAGAGUCUACGAUACAGAACAAAUGGAUCUUUUUGAGUUGUUAGAUAACAAUCAUGAAGAUAGCAAGCAGCAUGAGCUUGAUCUCUUAGUUCAGAAAACAUUUUCUCGACUUGGGGAUCUUCCUUACAUUGAGUCUGAGCAGGAAGAGCUUUUGAUUAAGCAGAAAUGUCUUUUGAGGAAAAAGAGCACCACUUCUUUGGAUGUCUAUGUAAGGGAUGAACGACCUACAAGAUCAGUAGACACAGCACAUCACUUCAAAGCACUUUCUGACUUCAAUGCCCUUACCGGUGAAAAACACCGUGACAAGUGGUUGGAAAAGCUUCUCGAAGCAAUUCAGUCUGUAAGCAUUUCGCGUGGUGGUUGUGAAGGUGGCGAUGUUGAUGAAAGCAAUGUUUUUUAUGGAGAUGUGAAAUUUUGUUGGCCAGACAUUGCUGUUCCUGCAGUAGCUGCUGUUGAGAGAGCCGCAUAUGAAGAACUCUCAUCUGAUAUCCAUAAAUACAAUAAAAAAAUGCACCAGCUAUGUUUUAAUUUGAAGAACAAUGCGCAAUUAGCUCAACAACUUCUAAAAGGGGAGUUAGAAGCUUCACAAAUAUUGACCAUAUUAUCAAAAGAAUUGAAACUUUCCGGUGUGGGACAAAUACUUCUUUAACGAUAUGGAGUUCCACUUAGGGUCUUUGGGAUUUCGUGGAUGAUUUCUAGUGCAUCAUCAAAUUCAUGGGGAGAUUUCCCUAUAAUUGGGUUCCAGAAAAUUUCGUAUUUAGAUUUCCUAUUUUGGAUCAUAACUUCAUCGUCUCAGCUGGAGUGUGGACCAUGUGAGAGUACUAGGUACCCAUCAAGAGAUGACUUUGCAACACUCACUGUACAAGAAGAGCAGAACAUUGCAAGAAAUGUUACACGGGACAACACUUGAGCUCCUCUUCUCCAGCCCCUGAGGUGGAGACAAAGAAGAAGCUGGCUAAUGCGCGAGCAGUUAAGAUGGUAGAUUGGUAGAAGGCACAGCUGACAAUGCCUGAGUGAAUGACCACUCUUCAAAGGUAUUCGUUUGGCUUCAAAAAACCGGGUUAUCUAUUUUGGGGCAUAUCUUUGUUAUCAUAAGCUCGAUGAUGACCGCGCCUGCUAGUUUACUCUACUCAUCAUCAGAGUAAAUAGAAUGAUUUAUUUGUAGUAAAUAGAUUAAUAGAAUUAUCAUCAUGAUGACUAAUAAAUUAAUGGCAGCAUUAGUCAGUUAGAACGGAAGGACAAUACUUUUGUAACAAUGUCAUUUCAUAAUCAGACAGCUGUGUAUAUGUAUGUGCUUUAUUACAGGUUCUGUAAUUUGUACAUGCUUUAGUAGUAGAAUCAUUGGAAUAUUGGACAGCACAACUGCACAAAUUUUACCGUGAUAGCAGUUGUAUUUUACCGUGAUAGCUUCCAUGCCAUAUCAGUUUUGGUGGUGGGUCAGUCUUAGUGUCUUACGAU